AGGAAAAGAAAGAAAGCUUUGAAAUCUGAAAAAAAAAAACCAUUAAAACCCUGGCCGAUUUCUAAAACCCACUUGCCUACAACUGCUUAGGUACCCAGUAAAGCCUGACCCAUUUCCCAAUUCUCUAUCCCCAACAAACCCUUUGAAGCUUUUGAGCUCAAUCGGUUCGGAUUUUGGGGGGGAGGGAUUCAAUGUCAGGCUCGUAUGCCCAGAAUUUCUCGCCGGCGAGGGCGCUCUCGCCGCACCUGAGAACCCCGCCGGAUGUGGACAGUCAGUACUUGACUGAGCUCUUGGCCGAGCACCAAAAGCUUGGACCUUUCGCCCAAGUCGUGCCCAUAUGUGGCCGGCUCUUGAAUCAAGAGAUAUUACGAGUUUCUGGAAUGAUGCCCAACCAAGGGUAUAGUGAUUUUGACAGAAUGCAACGUGGAAGCCCUAGCCCUAUUGGUUCAGACUUAAUGCCAAAUUAUAGAGGGUCAAGCAUGGGGGGAUGGAAUGGCCGGCCUCACGAUAGAUUAGGUGGUCCACAAGGAAUGAAUAUGGAGUGGCAAGUAGCACCAUCAAGCCCAAGUUCCUACAUUGUCAAGAGAAUACUGCGGUUGGAUAUCCCAGUCGAUAACUUUCCAAAUUUCAAUUUUGUGGGCCGGCUUCUGGGUCCCAGAGGCAAUUCACUGAAGCGGGUGGAAGCUUCCACAGGUUGUCGUGUGUAUAUAAGAGGAAAAUGUUCAAUAAGAGAUAUAGACAAGGAGGAGUCUUUGAGGGGUAGACCAGGGUAUGAGCAUUUGAAUGAUCCACUGCACAUUAUAAUCGAGGCUGAAUUACCUGCUAAUAUUGUCGAUAUGCGGUUGAGACAGGCAAAACAAAUCAUAGAAGAACUUCUCAAACCUAUGGAUGAGUCACAAGACCACUACAAGAGGGAGCAGUUGAGAGAACUAGCUAUGCUAAAAUCCAAUUUAAGAGAAGAAAGUCCUCAACCAUAUGGGAGUGUCUCCCCUUUCACUUCCAGUGGGAUGAAGCGUGCCAAAACUGGUCUGUGAGUAACAGUUCACUUAACUUGAUGAUCUUCACUUGGCUCUUCCUCCAGUACAAAUCUUGAACAUUCUUGCCAUCAUAUGCGUCUCGGUGUAUUGAGUUAUGCAUGCAAAGGCCAGGAGGACGUCGUGGACUUGGUUGAUGAGGAUGAAUGCAGGGUUUGCUUCAUGACAUUGAUGUAUACGGAUGAACAGAGAUAUUCUUUUGCUAUAGCUUUUGUGGUUGUAGUUGAUUGCGAUUGUAGAAGUAGAAAGUUAUGUCAUAUAAUCUAUUCUUUAGUUUGCUGAACAAGUAUCUUUGUUAUUAACUUGAAGUGGAAUAAUGAUUGAUUGUUUAAUA